AUGGACAAUGAAAAAUAUUUUACUUUGUCCAACUCUAAGAGGAAGGGUAACGAUGGGUUUUAUACGAAGGAUUACGAAAAUGUACCUGAUGAAAUAAAAUUCAAAAGUAAGAAAAAAUUUGAGGACAAAAUUUUGGUAUGAAAAGAAUAUCCAGAUGAUACAAAGCUAAGAAAAUACUUUAAUCUAUUAACUAUACCUGAAGUUCUGGCCCAAGCUGAUGAACUACACGAUGAAGAAAAAUUUCUCGACGUUUAUGAGCUGUUAGACAGAAUACGUUUUAUAAACGACCCUGAAGUACUAUGGAGAAUAGCAAGAGCUUUGUACAACUUAAAUUUAGGUAAAGACUUAAAUAAACAAAUUAGAUUUAUUAUGAUGGAUGAAGCGUUAUUUGUUUUGGAGACAGCGCUUGGAAAUGGGGGAUCCCAAAACGCAGAAGUCCAUAAAUGGAUGGCUAUCGUUCUAGAUGCUCAUUACGGCUUGAUUAGUCUCGAAAAUAGGGUAAAAUAUGCGCCAAUGGUUAGAAAUCAUCUAGAAAAAGCCUGUGAAUUGAAUCCCGAUGACUUUACAUCCUAUUACAUGAUGGGAAACUGGUGUUACCAAAUGUGUCGCUUAACUAAAUUCCAACGGUUCAUAGCGAAAUAUUUUUUAGCUACUGAACCGCCUGUGUCUGAAUAUGAAGUAGCUUACAAAUAUUUGCAACGUGCAGAAGAACUACGACCGAGAACGGUGCUAGCAAAUUUGUAUUUAUUGGGUGAUACGUGUAAGCAGAUUGGUCAGUAUUUCAAAGCAAAGUAUUACUUGAACUUGGCAGUUAAUUUAAAAUCAAAUAACGAAAAUGAUAAACAUAUAGCUCUCCAAGCAAAAAAUUUAUUAAAAAAAUUACAAAGAUACGAAUUGGGAAGAAAUGUUCUAUUUUAUGAUCCAUUAAGUUUUAAUGAUCAAAUUUAA